AUGCAUGUACAAGAUGACUUGCUAGCGGUUGUCUCCAAGAACGUCCAAGAGGAUGAGGGUGUUUGCUUUGCCGCACUGAAUAUCCUGGUCAAUCUGUCGAUGUGUAAGGGAGGGGGAGACAAUCGCGUUCAAAUGUUCAAGUCCGGGAUAGUGAACGAGGUUAUCAGUAUCAUCAAGAGGGAAGGCUCCAAUAGAGAGGGAGAGGUCGUAAAUGCGGCUCUAUCCGCAUUGUCGAAUGUUGCUAGUCACAACCCUUCUCGCCCGAAGCUUUUGAGAGAGAAGGGUUUCGUCGACACUCUCAUGGACGUCAUUCGAAACUCAGAACCAAACUCACGGCCUCUGCGAACAGCGCUGGUGACGCUGACCAACCUGAGCUGCCACAAGGAGAACAGGCUCCUGAUGAUUGAGAUGGGAAUUGCUGACCUCCUCAUCACUGUCACCUUGACUGCGAUGCCGAACUCAAAACACCUGGAGGUGACAUGGAGGAGAGGAGAGAAAGAGGACAGGGGAGAGGAGAAGGCGGCGCUAGUGAUGCUAGUCAACAUGAGCGUGAUGCAGGAAUGUCGCAAGGCUUUGGUGUCUGGAGGGACGGGGGAAGCGGCGAUCGCCGUCAUCAGAGCCUGCAUGGGGUACGAGAGCAGCGCAGGGGCCGGAGGCAGCGCGACCAAGAACAUGGAGAUUGCGUUGAAGCUCGUCCAGAACUUGUCGGCGGAUGAAGAGACUGGAGAAACUUUGAUCGAGCAUGGAGCUCUCGACAUUGCUCUGCUAUGUGCAAGCACACGUAUUGAUAAGUGCCAAAGAAUCUGUGCUGUUGCUGCUGGUAUCCUUUCCAACCUCGCGCUCUAUGCUGGGAAGGAGGACAGUGGGGUCAUGGUGGCGCUUAGGACGGACGUGGUGGCAGGCGUGCUGGCUUCGCUCAUCGAUCAACCAGGACGAGCAGGUCUCUCGGCCUCCAAGGCUGCAGCCUAUCUCUACGGGCAGCACCAGGACAGUGAUCAAGUGCAGGACCAUCCGCUGAUCGUCUCCUGCCGCGCGGCGCUGGACCGACUGUGCGAGGCCUUGCGGCACACUCUGGAGGGAAAGCAAGCUUUUGACGGCUCUGCGCCAGAGGAAUCGGAUGAAUCAGGAGACGUUCCUAGCAGCGGGAGGUUGGCCCCUCCUAUGCAGGGCAAGUAUCCUCUGCUCCUGGAGCGAGUCAGUGAGCUUCAUCCUGCUCUCGCUCAAGAGCUACAGGCCAACAGCUGGGUAUGGCGCCGCAUCCUGGGCUCAACUCCUCUGACUCGAUUGACUCAGGUUCGAGUUCUGCAGGAACGAGGAGACGACAAGACGAAGGAGAACGAGACUGAUACCAUCAUCGCUGAGCUCCAGCAAGCAAAGUUCUUCCUCUAA